UAGAUUUACUUACCCAUAUAUAAUAAACGGUCUAGAUUUAUGAAGGACCAAAAGUCUAUAAACCUGGAAAAACCAUUCCCAGAUACUACUGCUAAUUCUUGUUCUCUGUCUGCUACCCUAUGGAGUUGGAAUUGAGCUUAGGAAACGAGGAGAAGAAGACGAAGAAGAAUGAUACGAAGAUGAAGAAGAUGAACGGUCAGGAUUUCUCGAUGGAUUUACGGCUGAGAUGUGGCGAGAAAUUCCAGAAAUCCGAUGGAGAAGAUGAAGAAGACGCCGACGAUGAUCAGACGUCUGAAGAUGGAAGCGACGACGGCGGCGGAAGCUGUAGUCCUUUGGAGCUCACCCUUGUCCCUCGUGCUCCCGUCCCCCGCCGUCUUCAGUCGCUCCCGUGGUCUUCCGACAACGGGAGUUCGGAGAUCGGAUCGACGGGAAACAUGGUCGCCGCAGCCGCCGCGGCGGCGAGGGCGGUGGCGGUGGCGGAGGAGGUGUCGUCUGCAAACAGCGUCGGGUCGGGUUCGUUCCAAACGGAGCUGGCCGGGUACCGAAACCCGUACCCGUACCCGGAUCCGAGUGGGCUCCGUAAAGGGGGCGCCGGAAACGACGUCGUUGAGGGGGAGAGAGGGUUGUGGAGAGGCAGCGAUGACGAGGAGCAUGGUAACGGUCGGAAGAAACUGCGGCUGUCGAAGGAACAGUCGGCGUUUCUAGAAGAAAGCUUCAAACAGCACAAUACUCUCAAUCCCAAACAGAAGCUCGCUCUUGCCAAGCAACUCAAUCUCCGGCCACGUCAGGUCGAAGUGUGGUUCCAAAACAGGAGGGCAAGGACAAAGCUGAAGCAGACAGAAGUGGACUGCGAGUACUUAAAGAAGUGCUGCGAGACGCUAACAGAAGACAACAAACGGCUACACAAAGAGCUACAAGAAUUGAGGGCUCUCAAAACCGCCAAUCCAUUCUACGCUGCUACGCACGUGCCGCCCACCACACUCACCAUGUGCCCUUCUUGCGAGCGUGUCGCCGGCGCCGGCGCCGGAAAUCCCUCCGGCGAGCAUGCAUUACCGCCUCUAACUCUAACCCUAACCCGACCCGGCCCGACCCGAUCAUUCUACCCGUUCUUGCAAACUCCGACGACCCAUCCGAAUCAACCCGCCGCCUCCUGAUCAUAUCAUAAUUAAUUCAUUUAAUUUCAUCACGUGCAGAAAUUUAAAAUAAAUAAAUAAAUAAAUAAGAACACACCAAUUAUACUUUAUAUUGUAAAAAAAAAAAGGAUCCGAAUUGUGGUGAUCCCUUUGGAUUAGUUAAUUAUACUUGUUCUUAUGUAAAUAUAGGGGAAUAUAUUAAUAUUUAUGUAUAAAUUUUGAACUUUCUAUUUUUUAUUUUUAUUUUUAUUUUUAAUUUUUAUUAUUUGUUUUGCU